AUGGCUGCUGCGUUCCCUCAUCCCUUGGACCCCCUUGGGCCCGAGGAAAUCUCAAGAGCUUCGAGAGCCGUCCGCCCGCACUUUGGAGGGCAAGACCUUAACUUUCGCGUCAUCACCCUUCUGGAGCCGUUCAAGAAGCAGAUGAUCCCUUACCUCGAGAAGGAGCAUCACAAACAACCUGUGGGACAGGCUCCGACUCGGUAUGCCCGGGUUGAGGUAGUCGUGAAAGGAAGAGGCAAUGACAACCAGCUGUUCGAGCUGAUUGUCGAUCUUGACAAUGACAAGGUUGCCCGGAAGCAGCAUGUCAAGGGAAAGCAUUCCUACAUUGACGCAGACUACAUGAAAGCUGUGGAAGCUGCGUGUCUGGCCGACCAGGAAGUACAGGCUGAGAUUCGCACCCUUGACCUUCCUGUUGGAGCCACUGUUGUUAUUGAGCCGUGGGCUUACGCCACGGAUGGCAUGAACGACAUGAUUGAUCGAGUCACAAUGUGCUGGUUCUACCUCCGGCUACUAGAAAGUCCCGAUGCUAACUACUACGCAUAUCCACUGGACGUCUGUGCCGAGGUAUCGGAGGAGCUCAAAGUCACCAAGGUCUAUCGUCUACCAACCAAGCCACAAGAGCGGAUUCAUCACGAAAAGAAGCCCUUUGACCGCCGAAGAAUUCAUUCGGCAGCUGCAAGCGAAUACCAUCCUCACCUCAGGCCAAAUCCGAGGACGACCACCAAGUCAUACCAGGUUGUCCAGCCCGAGGGUCCAUCAUUCCAUAUUCAAGGGAACGAUAUCAAGUGGGAGAAAUGGAGUUUCCGAGUGGGCUUCAAUUACCGAGAAGGUCUUACCCUGCACGAUAUCCGCUAUGAUGGCCGUAGCCUCUUCUACCGCCUCUCUCUGGCCGAGAUGUUUGUGCCUUAUGGAGACCCACGUGCUCCCUAUCCUCGCAAGGCUGCAUUCGAUCUUGGUAAUGAUGGUGCAGGUCUCAAUGCCAAUAACUUGCAGCUUGGCUGCGAUUGCCUCGGUAAAAUGCGUGCUCAAAUCGUAUUCCCGAUUGUAAAAACUAACCGGUGCUCUCUGCCUCUUCUAGGAACAAUCAAGUACUUUGAUGCUUACCACAACACGCCAUCCGGCGAUCCCUUGAAGAUGCCCAACGUUGUCUGCUGUCACGAACAGGACGAUGGUAUCCUUUGGAAACACACCAACUUCCGUACUCAAACUCCUGUCGUUACUCGCUCUCGCAUCCUCGUUCUACAGACAAUCAUCACCGUAAGUAAUUAUGAGUAUAUCUUUGCCUGGCACUUCUGCCAGGAUGCCUCUAUUUUUUACGAGGUUCGUGCCACAGGUAUUCUAUCCACGGUACCUUCGGAUAUCGAUUUCAAAGAGAAAAUUCCCUACGGAACUGUCGUGGCCCCUGGCGUCCUGGCGCCUUAUCACCAGCAUCUUUUCAGUCUCCGAAUUGACCCGGCAAUCGAUGGUCACUCCAACUCAUUGGCUGUUGAGGAGUCCAAGGCCCUCCCAGUUGACAACCCAGCCGUCCAUAAUCCGUUCGGUGUAGGCUACGCCACGGAGAGCCAGAUCAUAGAGGAAGAGGGCGGCUUCGACCUCGACUUCACCAAAAAUCGCACCUUCAAGUUCAUCAACGAGAACAAGAUAAAUCCUAUCACGGGUACGCCUGUUGGAUUCAAACUCAUGCCCUUCUACAGCCAGAUGCUCCUGUCCCAUCCCGACUCGUACCACGCCAAGCGCUCUGAGUUCUGCGAACAUGCGAUCUGGGUGACUCACUAUGAGGACAACGACUACUUCCCAGCAGGCAAGUACACCAUGCAAUCAACUGGAGGUGACGGGCUGGCCUCUGCUAUUGCAAAUCGCCGAGGCACGGGCACAGCCCAAUCCGUCAGAGACCGGGAUAUUGUCAUUUGGCACACAUUUGGUUCCACACACAACCCUCGCAUUGAGGACUGGCCUAUAAUGCCGAACGAGAAGCUCAUGGUUGGACUAAAGCCCGUCAACUUUUUCUCUGGGAAUCCUGGCUUGGAUGUUGCGGUCUCCACGCAGAAUAAGAACAAGAGUGUUUUGUACACUGGUGAGGACAAAAAGCCCGCGGCAUGCUGCCACUCUAGGUUGUAA